AUGGCAAAAGUGGCGUGUCGUUUGGCAGAAAUACCAGCUUUAAAAGACCUUUCAAGUCACCUGAGCAGUAUAUCCAAGGAACCGCAGGAAGACGAGCUCAAGGCAAAGGUUGACGCGCACUGGGCGCAUAUAUCGACUCAAAUUAGCAGGCUCAAGGCGUUACGAGAAAACCUAUCAUCCUCACCGCCUACCCUGCCUCAAGAAUUGCAGAAGACAGAAAAAGUGGAACGUCCUCAAGCGUUCGACCUCUUUAGCCCCAUACCAGUUGUGGAGGAAAAGCAGUCAAAAGUCACCGAGAACAUGAAAAAUCAGCCCCGAGUGUUGAGUCUGGAUUCUGGAAACUUCUCCGUGGCUUCCAAACAGACGGAUCUGCUGACGGUGUCUGGGGAUGCUUUAAAGCCUGUGGUGGUGCAUAAUACGUGUGACACUAUAUCUACUGUGUCUAUGAAUGAUAUUACGCAUUGGUACAAUGUCGCCUCUUACGACAUCACGAAAAGUAUGGGUCCUAUCCUUAUUUGCCGAAAAUGUAACGGCUACUAUAUCUCACUAUGA